AUGUGCACAUAUGUAUCUUUCCUCCUGAGGCAAUGUCCGGACAAAAGCAAGAUGGCGUUUAAGGCAGCCAUGUUUGCCAGUUCCCUUGUUCCUUCUUUCGCUCAGUUCCUCCGCCAGCUGUCCCCGCUAGCAACAAUUCUUUCUUUUUCUCUCACUCUCUCUCUCUCUCACUCUUUCUCUCUCUCUCUCACUCUUUCUCUCUCUCUCUCUAUCGAUUCUGAAAGCAUUUUUUCUUUGAAAAGAUCAUUCAACUCUUUGUUUUUUUUGUUCACCGAUUUCCAAACGAAAUGGCGAACUUCGUUAUUUUUUCGUUUUUCUUUCUGGCUUUGCGAUAAUACAUUUUUCUUUCUUUCUUUCUUCCUUUCCUUCUUUCUUUCUUUCUUUCUUCCUUUCCUUCUUUCUUUCUUUCUUUCUUUCUUACUCAACCUUAAAUGGAUAAUACACUGUGUUUGUUUCUUUCUUGCAUACUUUUCUUUCUUUCUUUCUUUCUUUCUUUCUUUCUUUCUUUCUUUCUUUUCUCUUAACCGUAAAAUGAUAAUACACUUUCUUUCUUUCUUUCUUUCUUUCUUUCUUUCUAUCUUUCUUUCUUUCUUUCUUUCUUUCUUUCUUUCUUUCUUUCUCAGUCUUAAAAGGACAAUACACUUUAUUUACCUGAAUAUUUUUACGUUUUUUUUCCUUCAUUUUCUUUUCUUUCUCUCUUCGUCUCUCUACUUCUUUUCUCUCUCUUUCUCUCUCUCUCUCUCUCUCUCUCUCUCUGUCUCAUCUCGUUUCUUUAUCCUCCUUCUUUUCUCUUUCUUUAUAUCUUUCAUUCUUUUCUUUUCUUUCUCAUUUUAG